AUGGGCUGCUCCUUUAUUAUCAUCCUGUUGCUUUGCAUCACAUGUCGAAGGGUCUUGGCGCAUGCUGAAGUUUGCCGGACCGCAGUGCAAGCUGAUAUCGUCUUCUUGGUGGAUGAGUCAUGGAGCGUCGGAAUGAGCGGCUUCUCCGAGGUUCAAGACUUCAUCUCGGCGAUGCUCUCCUCUUUCGACGGCAGCCUCGUGGGAGCCCAGGGCGUCCGCUUCGGGGUCACGGUCUUCGGGGACGUGCCCAGGAUGCGCAUCGCUCUGACGGACCACGACUCCCUGAAGGAGGUGCUGGACGCCAUCCGGGUCCUACCGUAUGAAGGCGGAGCCAGGAAGACGGGCGCCGCCCUCCAUUUUCUGUCAGAGCAGGUUUUCAGCCCCGCCAUCAGUCGAGACCAUGCACCCAAGGUGGCCAUUUUGAUCACCAACGGACCCUCGGACGACCCCUUCGCCGCCGCAGCCAAAGAAGUGGCCGACAAGGGGAUUUCGCUGUUUGCGGUCGGUUUAAGGGGAGCUGAUGAGGCCGAGCUGAGGACCGUAGUGUCCCCGCCGCAUGAGGAGCACCUUUUGAUGGGUGUCGAUUUCUCCCUCCUGGAGAGCGUCCUCCCCAAAUUGUCCCGCCGAGUGUGUUUCACCGCCUCGGAGCCGCCGCGACCCGUCAAAGCAAUCCAGCCUGUCAAAGAACCCGUCACGGGUCCAAGAGACCUUCGAGCAAGCGAACUCGCAUACAGCUCGCUCCGACUGACGUGGACGGCGGCGACAGGUGACAUCGCUUCCUAUCGACUCUUCGUCAUCCCCCUCAGUUCCAGCGGGAAACCUGUUCAUACACAACGCAGACAGAUUGAUAUUAAAGCAGAUGUGACGACAACGUUGGUGGAGGAUCUCAACCCCAAAACAUCCUAUUCCUUGACCGUAUACGCCGUGUACCCAGGCCUCAUUGGAGAGUCCGCAACUACAACUGUCCAGACAACACCCUUACCUCGAGUAUUAAACUUCCGUGUCAUCGAAGAAGGUCUUUUCUCGCUCCGUCUGGGAUGGACGCCUCCUCUCAAGAAGCUCAACGGAUUCAAGAUCUUUAUCCCGAGACCCGACCGACCGGGCUUUGUGUACGAGCAGCUGCUCCCGGGAGAUGCGUCUUCUCACGUGAUUGACAGCCUGGAGGAGGACAAAGAGUACACCAUCAGUAUUCAUGCGAUUUAUCAACAGGGACCGAGUGAACCUGUGUCCAUUGUGGGAAAGACAUUAAAGUUGGUCGCAAUUGAAGAACUCCUUGUCCAGAAUGCCACCACUGACACGGUGCAGGCCAAAUGGACGCCAGUUAAAGGCGCUACAGGAUAUCGUCUCACGUGGGCUUCACCAGACGGCCACAUUGAAAACAUCAACCUGAGGGACACCUUCGACUUCUACAUGAUUCAGGGCCUCCACGCGGGCGCCGAGUACACCAUCACCAUGAACCCAAUCUUCGGAGACAUUGAGGGGCCCGUCACGUCCGCUAAAGUCGAGACAUUGGACAGCAGCGCCGUGCAGACCUUGAAGGUCUCGGCCGUCAGCACCAGCACGGCGGUCGUCACGUGGAACGGCGUGUCGGGGGCCACGGGGUACCGGCUGGCUUGGGGACCCACAAUAGAGUUCGCGGGUCGAGACCGCCCCAGGCAGUUAGCGCUGAAUGGAACCACCAUUGAGUACCAGCUGAAAAACUUGGCCCAUGACACGGAGUACGCCUUGACUCUUUAUGUGCUCUUCGGAUCAGUGGUCGGCCCUGGCAUCACUGCAACCUUCCGAACAUCUCCUCUAGGUUACGUGUCCAGUUUUGAAGUGACAUCCUACACCAGCACUUCCAUCGACGUGCAGUGGAGUCCAAUAGUUGGCGCGACUGAAUACAAAAUCACCUGGAAUGCAGACGACGGCAGCUCGCAGUCGCGCUAUUUGGACAACAGCGUCCUCGCUUAUCACAUCACGGAGCUUAACCCGCACUCGGUUUAUACGGUGACAGUCCGUGCCAUAUACGGUAACACCGAGGGUCCGGAAAUCUCCUUAAUGCAAGUCACAGCUGCUGCCUUGGAUUCCGAGCCACCCCAGCUGGUGAAGGAGGUCAAGAUUGUUGACACUGGUGUUAACUCAGUCACCCUCUCCUGGAAGCAAACACCUGGUGCAAGCGGCUACAAAAUCUCCUGGAUCCAUUUCACAGGGGGAGAAGAGAGGUCCAUUACGCUCCCGGCCGGUGUGACAACUUUUACUAUCAAGAACCUACGCGAGGGUUCGGCCUACAAGAUCCAAGUGUCGUCCGUGGCGGGAAACCGGGAGGGAAGUUCUGUCCUGGUCACAGCACGAACAUUGGACCUCCCAAAAGUGACUGGCUUUACAGCCGUCAACACCACGAACAGCAGCACGAUUUUGAGCUGGAACCGAGUAGCGGGUGUCUCCGGCUAUCUCCUCAGCUGGAGGCACAUCUCAGUGUUUGAGACCAAAAAAGAAACGCUGGGUCUGAGUUUCACCUCUUUUAAGAUUGGGGAUCUCCUGUAUGGCAGAACAUAUAUUUUCUCCAUUCGGCCUUUGUAUGGGCAAGUGGAAGGGCCGAUCAGCACCGUUUAUCAGAGGAUUGUGGGGCAGCAUCCUCCGGUGUCCCAGGCAACAACAAUGGCCCCUCAUUUCGUAGCCAGCACGACAACCCCUCAAACAUCUACUAAAAUCACCAAAAACCCAAUAAUUGAGCUGCCCAUUCAUACUCCUAAGACGCCAAAUCAACCAACAGUAACCCCUGUGUUCACUACAUCGACUGCUACGACGUCAUCAAGAGCAGAUUGCAGCCAGACCAAACUUGACUUGGUCUUCUUGGUGGACGAAUCGUCGAGCAUCGGUGCCAACAACUUUGACAAGAUGAAAGACUUCAUAGUCCGGGUGGUGACGCACUUCCCGCUCAUUGGCCAGGAAGGCACACAAAUAGCUGUGGUUCAUUUCAGCGAUGAGCCUCGCAUUGAAUUCCAACUCAACCAUCACAAAGACCGGAACUCUGUCCUGAGAGGGAUCAAGGGGUUACAUUACGGAGGGGGCAACACCAAAACAGGAAAGGGCAUCAGCUACGUCCUGCAGGAAAUGUUCCAGGAGUCCCUGGGCAUGAGGCGGGACGUGGCCCAUGUUCUGGUACUGAUAACAGACGGCAGGGCCCAGGACGACGUGGACCAUCCCUCCAGGAUUGCCCGUGCUUUAGGCGUCAGCAUCCUGGCGGUGGGCGUAGCCAACGCUGACCUGCAAGAGUUGAGUCGAGUGGCAGCCCCCGGCAGCUACAAGAACGUCUUCUUCUCGCCGACCUUUGACGACUUUCCGUCCGUCGAGAGAGAAUUUAUUGACAGUGUCUGCGGCGAGGAGCUCAUUUCAGAGUUUCAACUGCGGCGGGAUACUGAGACGGACGCACCUACUGAUGACCUGAAGGAGCCUGCCGGACCUUUAGCCCCUUGCCAGUGUGUCAAGGGUCAGAAAGGAGAAAGAGGUGAUGGCCUGGGAGGAGGUCUGAGAUUCAGGCAAACUCCUGGACACUAUGAUCCUUUCACUUCCUCUAAAGGAGAAAAGGGUGAAAAGGGACCUCCUGGUACAGAUGGCGUUCCUGGGCUCCCUGGCCGGCCUGGAAGAACCGGACCCCCGGGUUCUGCUGGCCAGCGGGGUACUCCAGGUGGACCAGGAGAUAUGGGUCCUCAAGGUGUUCCCGGUCCAAAAGGACAGAGAGGAGAACGAGGAGAACCUGGGUAUGUGAUAGCAAGCCCAGAUGCAAACUUCAUUCCUGGGCAAAAAGGAGAACCCGGAUCCUCGGGUCCUCCAGGAUCGCCUGGUGUUCCGGGAGUCAUUGGAGUCCCUGGUCUGCCAGGCCCAGUUGGACCACCAGGAAUAUCUGUCAAGGGCGAGCCAGGUGAAAAGGGUUUGCGUGGGAAGCCGGGAACGAAGGGCGACACCGGAGAAGCUGGAAGUCCAGGAAUCGCAGGCUUUCCAGGACGUGCCGGCGUCGAUGGCUUACCGGGUGUGAAAGGAGAGAAGGGCGAAAAUUGUGACACCUUACAUGGAGCUCAAGGAACCCACAGAGAACCAAGAGAGAAGGGAAAAGCGGGUCCAAUCGGUCCAAAGGGAGAAAUUGGGCCACAAGGUGUCCAAGGAGCCAUCGGACCUCGGGGAAAAAAGGGAUUCAAAGGCGAGCAAGGGGACAAAGGGGAACGAGGAGAGCGGGGGCUCGACGGAGCGCAAGGACCCACAGGUCCAACAGGGCUUAUUGGAAUCAAGGGUGAUGAAGGACCAAGAGGAGCCCCUGGAGACGCCAAUGGUAUUAUUGGUCCGACUGGCAAAAAGGGCGUCCGGGGAGACCUUGGUCCAAUUGGUCCCCCAGGUGCUCUGGGAACCAAGGGUGAACGAGGAGACAAAGGAGAAAAGGGAAGUCCAGGUUUUGGGAUUCCGGGCCUGGAGGGGCCCAAAGGGGAAAGUGGCGAGCGGGGAAACGUCGGUUUAUCUGGAAAACCAGGGCCAAAGGGACAGGACGGUCCCAAAGGCGACAAGGGGGAUAUGGGCUCACCUGGAAAUCCUGGCGAAACAGGAUUAAGAGGUAAAGAUGGCCAACCUGGAGCGAAAGGAGAACAAGGGAUGAAGGGAGAGCAAGGACCGCACGGAGCAACUGGUGACCCAGGAACAAGGGGACCACCGGGACUUCAGGGGCGACCGGGAGACAAGGGAGAUAUUGGAAACACCGGACCAACUGGGCGCGACGGAGAAAAAGGCGACAAAGGCGAGCCGCCACUCGGAGGCAAUAUCUUCACCAGAGUCAUCAAGGGCGAACCGGGAUUAAGAGGCGAAACGGGCCCGCCUGGACCGAGAGGUCCUGAGGGUAAACCCGGACUACCGGGAUCCUCUCUGGCCGGUUCUGGAAAAGACGGACUUAACGGUUUGACAGGAGAACCGGGCGUAAAGGGGGAGCAAGGAGCGCCUGGUCCUAAGGGCGAACAAGGUUGGAUCGGCAUCGCCGGAAUGCCCGGAUUACCAGGAACGCCGGGACGAGCCGGCGUCGACGGCAAACGGGGACUCCCGGGAAAAGACGGAGAGGAGGGACAAAAAGGGGAAGAAGGCAAAAAGGGGGAGAAAGGCGACACAGGCGCAAGUGGUCAGAACGGUAGUAAAGGAGAAGCUGGACCCCCGGGUCCACCUGGGAAGCAGGUCCUCGUCACCACAGAGGGUGCCACCAUUGACGAAAUCCGCCAAGCCUUUCCCGUACCGAUGGGCCCUCCGGGAGCGACGGGCUCUCCAGGAAUGAAGGGAGAGAAAGGAGACGUUGGCGUGACAGGCCAAAAGGGUGAUCCUGGGAAAUCAGUGGAGAUGAAGGACAUUGAGGCAAUGUUUGAAAGCUACGGCAUCAAGCUGCCUGUGUUGAAGGCUUUAAUGGACAGGCUGCUGCAGGACGGCACGGAGGAGCUGCUUCGCACACUCGGCAGCGCCGCGAAAGCUCAGACAAACGAAGACACGCCGACCUCCAACAUCAUCACUGAGUACACUAGCUCAGAAAAGAGCGAAUUUUCCAACCAGUCGCUGUUCGACACCAUCGAGGAAUUUGAGUUGGACCAACCGACACAGCCUGACUCCUGGAAUGAUACUACAGAAGGUCCAACGUUAUGGACUGUGCCACCAAAGAAAGAAAAGGUGGAGAAAAAGGCAGGUAGAAAAGGUUCAGGACAUAAGAGGAAGACGGGGGAGCGGCGGGCGGAGGAGGAGUUUUACGAGGCCCGAGAUUACGAGCGGGAGGAGGACGAAGAGUCGCUGCCGUCGCCUCCUGUCGACAAACAGGACGCAGACAAGAGCACAAACUUUAGUGGAAGCGGGCCUGAUGACGAGGAAUGGAGCGGCGAUUGGCGGGAGGAAGACGUGGACCAGGAGGAAGAAGAGUGGGAAAAGUUCGAAACGGAGACGACGGACGAGGGCGAAGGCGGGCAGCCUUACCCGUACCCCCCGGAAUAUUUUUUUCUCAAGGGACAACCAGGUGAAGAUGGAAUGCAAGGUCCAAAGGGCGACGUCGGAGAGAAGGGACAAAAGGGAGAGCCGGGUAUCGGCCACAGAGGGCCCGAAGGCCGGGCAGGUCUGCCCGGUAACAAGGGCGAACCGGGAGAGGAAGGGCCUCCCGGUGCUCAGGGAAUCCAAGGCAUACGCGGGAUCCCUGGUGACCAGGGCCCCCCGGGCCACAGGGGCCCCCCCGGGGACCUUGGCGAGCCUGGCCGAGAGGGUGAGCGAGGAAAGCGAGGAAAAAAUGGAACGCCAGGAAGCAAGGGAACCCCGGGAUCACAGGGGCUUCAUGGAUCCCCUGGCGUGCCUGGAAUAAAAGGAGAAAAGGGUGCGAGUAUUCCAGGAGAACCUGGGCCUCGCGGUUUGAACGGCUUUCCUGGAAAAAGGGGUGAAAUGGGAACACCGGGUGUGAAGGGAGGCACCGGACUUGUUGGCUCCAAAGGUUUACGUGGUUUCAAAGGUUUAAAGGGUGAACGCGGGGCUCCAGGAAUCAGAGGAGAAAGGGGAAGCGCGCUUCAAGUUCACGGGCCUCGCGGUUUAAAAGGCGUCAAAGGCGACGCGGGGGAGCGAGGCUCGCCGGGGUUUGAGGGCGACAAAGGAGAAAAAGGCGAGGACGGCCCACCUGGAUUCAAGGGUAUAAAGGGGGACGCGGGUACGAAAGGCGCUUUGGGUCGAUUUGGCGCCCGAGGACCGGGCGGGCAGAAGGGAGAUCCGGGAGAACCAGGCGAGCUCGGAAUCAUGGGUCAUCCCGGAAAUGACGGCGUGAACGGCACCAAAGGCGACAAAGGAGACGUUGGAGUAAAAGGUCUAAAGGGAAUUCAGGGCGAUUCAGGAGAAACAGGGUCACCUGGUGAAAAGGGAGCGAAGGGGGAAAAGGGCUUCCGUGGCUUCCCGGGACGCUUCGGGAUUCCCGGCUUCCAUGGUGAAAAGGGGGACACAGGCUUACCUGGCAACCCUGGCGUACCCGGCGUGAACGGACUCUCUGGACGAAAGGGCGACAAAGGUCACGCUGGCAUCAACGGCAUGGAUGGUAACGCUGGAGGAAAAGGUGAAAAGGGCGCUGCCGGUUUCCCGGGUUUCCCCGGUUUCAAGGGCUCACCAGGAAGACCAGGCGACAUCGGAAACCAGGGACCGCCGGGUAGCCCCGGAUCCCGUGGGGUCCCGGGGUCCAAGGGCGAGAGGGGGCGCAGGGGGAAAGCGCAGCCGUGCCAAGCAGGAGCGCCAGGAACCCCUGGACUCAGAGGACAGAAUGGCCUGUCGGGUAUCGGGGGCGCCAAAGGCGAAAAAGGGGAACCGGGCAUAUCGGCUCAUGAAGUGAAGAACAUCAUCACGCAGGAGGUGACGGACAAGUGCGGUUUGGCGUAUAAGUUGAUGGUGAAGUCUGUGGACCCCGACGGGAGGUCCGCGCCCGCCGUACCUGAUGAGGAAGACUACGAUGAGGAAGGGUCAGAAACGCAGCAAGGAUUCCCGACGAAUGACAGCACCGUGGAGAUGCUCCAAAGGGAAAAAAUAGGACUUUUUGGAAGCACGUCCUCCAGGUCCGAGCGCUGCCUGGAGCCCAUGUCGGAGGGCACGUGCUCCGACUAUGCCCUCUUGUGGUUUUUCCACGCCGAGGCAGACGACUGCCGACCGUUCGUGUACGGCGGCUGCGGCGGAAACAGCAACCGUUUCCCGUCACGUCGCGAAUGUCUCAAACACUGCGUGAUAAGGGGCCGACAAGAUGAAAACAGCGCCUAA